GAAAUAAGAAUAUAGACAGGCCUAGAAAGGCUGUGGCCAUUUCUUCUGGCAAAUCAAAGCGAAGCUUACAUUCGCAAGCAAAAUAGUCCAUACUCCAUUCCACCAUCUUCAGAGAGAGAGAGAGAGAGAGAGAGAUGGAUAAAUCAAGGUUGUCGAUCACCGUGGUCAACGUCCUCUGUUUGGUGGUAAUUUCUAAGGCGAUCGAGUCACCUCAGUACACGGCUCUCCAGAAGGAAUCGGAAUUCGAGAUCAGACUCUACAGAGACUCCGCUUGGAUGUCUGCUCCUGCCAAGCAGAUCUCCUUCGAAAAAGCCACCAGAGAUGGAUUCCACAGGUUGUUCCAGUUCAUUGAAGGCGCAAAUCUGAACUUUUCUCGGAUCCCAAUGACAGCGCCUGUUCUCACCAGCAUUGUCCCCGGAGCGGGGCCACUCCACUCCUCGGCCUACUUCGUUCGAUUAUACUUGCCCGUCAAGUUCCAGUCGACCCCUCCACUUCCUCUUCCUGAACUAAACCUUAAACCCGAUUCGUGGCCCAGUCGCUGCAUCGCCGUCAGAACGUUCUCUGGAUUUGCAAAGGACGAAAACAUCGUGGCAGAGGCAGAGAAGCUUUCCGUGAGCUUGAGUAGGUCUCCAUGGGCAAACUCAACUUCUACCAAAAGUGACUAUGCAUAUUCGAUAGCACAGUACAGCUCUCCUUUCAAGUUGAUUGGCCGUGUGAAUGAGGUUUGGGUGGAAAUGGAUGAAUCUGCAUUGGAUGGCUGCAAAUCGAAUGGAGUGGCUACAUAUUGAACUCAUGCUGCUUCGGAGGGGACGAUUACGUAAGUAUAUACUUGUUUGUCAGUGUGUCGUGAAGCUGUAGAGUGUUACUAUACGUGUUCUUUACUGGAACUCUAUGUAAAUAGCUCGGGAGUCCUGAAUUUGAGCAAUCCUUCACUAAUCAGAUGUGGUUUCCGUAGAUUAAUGGGAAGUUGUUUCUGUUCAGUUUGAAUCGUCAACCCAUUUGGCGUUGCCAAGAGGUUUUUUUUUCUUCAAAUUUUUAGGGUGCACAAUCUUGUGUUUUGUGUUUUUUGGUGUGAAUGUGAAUUGACUUGAUUUAAAGUCGUGUAUUUUCUGUGACACUUGUUCACUGUGGAUGGAUGCAUGAUGCAUCCUUUUAAUAUCUUAUCCCUUAACGUUCUAACUU